GCUCCUCUGCUUCUGCUAUUUAAAAAUAAGCAAAAAAAUUCAAAGACUUUGUGUGGAGAAUUUUGCCUAGAGAAUGUUCUUCAUCUAAAAAAUUGCAGUUUUCGUCCUUCAAAAGUAAAUUUCUGUUAGCUGAAAUUUUGCUGGGAAAAUUUCCCGAGUGAUCCCGUUAGACUUUUCCAUGCAAUUCUUUCAAAUAAGAAUUAUUCAGAAAAAAACCAUGAAAAAAUGGAAAGAAGAUGUCAUGAACCACAAGGGUCAAACUCCAUCUCGGGUGUACGUCAUUGUCGAUCCACUAGGCAUGAUUCCAUGACGUAGGAAUCAUAGUGACCCCACAAAUUUCACCGGAUCUGAAAUUCCUGAUAUACCUGGGACUUACCCAGUGGGGGUAGAGGCGGAUGCUAACGCGUAAACACAGCGUCACGACGAAGGUAGGUCGCGAGAGGAGCGACAGACGGAGAUACCUGAGGCCCCAGUGGUGGGAGGAUGGCUAAACGUGGGCCAUCCGCACAUAAAACCGAACUAACUACAAGCCCUAUCUCAGUCCGCGUUUAGCAUUUCUCUGAUACACUCAAUAUAUUUCUCAAUACCUUUGCUAAACCCAUCGUCUUCACAAGUCGAUUAAGUUUAUUUUACGUAAACAAUUGAAGUUGAAUAAUUGUUAAGACUAUUAAACUGUGAGGAAGUGCUUUUCAGUGAUUUUUUUUCAAAGUAAAAUCAGUGAUCAGUCAUAAUGAAGAGGCAAAUCGAGAUGAUUACAAUCUUGGCCUUGGCUACUAUCUGGGCAGUUAGAGUGGAUAGUUCCGCUAUUCCCAUGUGGGAAUUUCUGUCAAGAGAUGAAAAGAUAAGUCAUCUGUACAGAUUGUUCAGCAGACGAGUGGUGAGUUUCUGUCAGGACUCUUCCAUGCCUGACUGUAAUAAAAAUAUCUUGGUGAAUGGGCUUCGACAGCUGGCUAAUAUGGAUGAUAAUGAGAUGGACCGGCUGGAUCCUUAUCAGAGGGAUGCUGAUGACAUGAUCUGGAGAACAAUAAUGGGUGACAAUGGAAUCGCCGCUACCGUUCACCAAGAGAAGCAGGACAACUAUUACACCACAGAUAACGAUCCCCUAGUUGCCAGUGGAAGUGAUCAUAAUUGUCUUGGAGAGGAGUCUGUGAGGUCCAACGACUACAUGAAACCUUCGGACAGCGCUGGGCCGUAUCUGGUGGGUCCGAUGGUCAUUCGUGUUUUUCCGGAUGGCCGUCCAGUUCCCGAGGACGAGAAUCUACCUCUUCCCCGUGACGAAGACCUCGAGGAGUUCAAGUAUCCCAGAGUUCCAUCGGUGUCGGAGAUCGAGGGGAGAAACGACAGGCAAAUCGUCAAGAAACCCUACGGUUUACUCAAGAGAAAUUCAGUCGUGAAGGCCGGACAGUGGGGAAUUUUCGGCCUUCAGAAUAAUUUCUAUCGGGGCAAUCCCCUCUUCCGCACUCGGCGCAUGCCGGACACCGUCAACACGAGAAUUUUCCGUUAUUCCGAGUAGAAUUGAAGCGAUGAGUCGAGGAGGGGAAUUUGGGCAAACUCGAGAUGAGGUUGAAGAAUUAUGGAAUGUGUCUGAUCAUGAAGUUCACUAUCUCCUUUAGAUCCGUAAAAAAUUCCACUUCAUCUAUCGUAAAAUAUCGAGAGACACUUCAUUUUUUUUUUACUUCAGGGUCACAUUGUCUCGAAUCGAAGACCCUGGAAGUCGUUUUCAAAAAUAACCUGAUGGUUUUGAAUAUCGCUUCUCCCGAAUUUCGGGUCAGUAUCUAACAGGAAUCUAUGAAAGAUGGCAAAAAUAUUGGGAGAACCUUUGAGUGGGAUUUUCUAUGAACAAAAUUUCCAAAGCUACAAAAAAGUCUUGCAAUAGAAUGUUGCUAUCGCUAUUCUCUCUCAUGAUAUUUGGCAGGAACAUAAAUUGAAUUGUUAUUGCCUCAUCGCAUUCCGCCUCCUCGAAAUAAAGGAUUGACGAUUGGUCGCUGAGAAAAAACUAACAACGCGAAAUCCUCAACGACCAUGAUCGAGAUCAUAAUCUCAUGCUGAUAAUUCACUCAUCCUAUUUAUUUACACCACCAUCCACUGAAAUAUAGAGUAAUCUGGGACAAUCCACUUGUAAAUAUCUCAUCAUAACAUUAAGCAUUUUUUUGUGUAAUUUCUGUGGGACAUGUGUGAUAUUGAGGCUUAAAUGUGCAAGAUUCACGAGGUUUUUUUCGGCAAUUUCGUUGUGUAAAAUGCGAGAAGGAAAUUGUGAAUCAUUUUGAAAAAUAACUUGGCGCAUAAUGAUACUACGAUUAGGCUCUAGUUUCGUGAUAAAUUGAUUAUUCAAUCAAUUGAUUGUGUGAGUUUUCAUCACAUUAUUUUGCGUAUGUCAUAUUGAUAAUACAUUGAUCGGAUAUAUUGGAUAUUCUAUUGAAUCGUAUUCCAAUCUUGGGAAAAGAAAAUUUUUAUUCUAAUCGUCGUGAAUCAGCUUUGUAUUACUAGCAUUUAACUAGUUACUAUUAUUAUUGUAAAUAUUUAUUACUUGAAGGAAAUAAAAAUGACAUGAUGAAUUGAAGAA